ACCAACAAACUCACCUCAGGAUGGCUCGUCUUGCUCUGUCUGCGAUUGUGAUGAUGAUGGCCUUCAUCGCUCUCACUGAAGGCCUGCGUGGAGUUGGCCCAAAGAAGUGCUGCUUCAAGUUCAAUGACAAGCCGGUGUCAAAGGAUAAAGUUGUGAGCUACAACAGAACCAGUCAGCGCUGCUCCAACCCUGCCAUCUUGCUGAAUACAGUGGCCGGCCGUCAGAUGUGUGUCAGACCUUCAGCCUCCUGGGUGAAGGAUCUCAUCAGCUACCUGGAGACCAAAGAUGUUUCUGGUGCAAACACCAACCUGUAAACCUGACAAUAAUAUGCCAACACUCCAGCUUACAUAAAUAUGUAGGUUGUGAUGCUACAGUUUCUUACUGAAUACAGCAGCUCUCUUUCCAUGAUGAAGGAGAAUCAAUUUUUUUUUCAUAUACAUGAAAUAUGUUUCUAUUAUGGUUGUUAUGGAACAACAAGAGUAUUUUUGUUAAAUGCAACACUUUAAGUUCAACCAUCAACACUGUAAGUUUUGAUUGUAGUUUGAACUAACCAGAUAAAGUAUCUAUUGUAAAAGACAAAUGUCUUCCAAAUAAACAAAGUGUCAUCUUUAUUAAAUAAGCUAGGAUCUGUUGCACUUGCUAAUGUUUAAGAAAUACAGCAAAACUUUAGUUGCUGUAAUUUAUUUGUUUUUAUUGUCUUUUUAUUGUCAUGCAUUUGAACUCUUUCAAUUAUUGACGGAAGUAUUGUAAACCUUUCAGAAGUAUGUAAUCAUUUUUUCUGUAUGCUUAAAUCUAUGGAAUUUUUAUAAAAUAA